AUGCCUCCUGAUCUCAAUUCUCUUCCGCCAUCUCGUUCCCCCUCAUCCCCGCGUCCACCACGGACAGUCCCCGCCUCUUCCGAAUCUGUGUCAGCGGUCUCCCCUGCAGCGUCAUCUACCACCAUGAACAACAAUACUAAUGCCACGGACCUGUCCCGUCGGUCGUCACGCGCUUCACCUCGUACAAGGUUGUCAAUUUCAGAGCAGCGCCGUCCUCCCACAGGUACCCUGAGCGAGUCCGAAAUUCCCUCAGCCGAGCACCGUUCCUCCCUGAGCCAUGCACUUCGCACGGCAAGUCCCACGAUCGGAGGCAGCCCGAUUUUUGCUACGGGCGACCCGCACCACCAGCGUGCUCCGUCUCUAGGGGAGCUCCACCAGGAAUUGGAGCAAGAGCAAGAAGCACAAGUGAACCGACUGUUGCAGAUGAUUCGGAAUCAACAAGCCCAACUACAACAACUCCAGCAGCAGCAACAAUCAGGCGCAGCGGUUGAAGAUUCCACACCACCGUCCGAACGGUCUGUCGGUGUCCCCAUAAUACCGCCACUUCCUGCCGCAGGUAGCGGUCGGACAUCCACUCAGUUUCCUUCAUCCCUGUCCAGCCACCGAGCGUCGCGACCUUCCAGCCAGACUGCCUCUCCCAGUCUUCGGCCGCUGCCUUCUGCUUCUCUGCAUGGAACGUCGGCCGACUCGUCCCGCGGGCCCGAAGGGUUGGACCUGGCAACAGGCACCAGUGAGACCUCGUCCCGACGUGGUAGCAGGGAUGAGGUGGCUUUCUACCAAGCCGAAGCAUCCAUGCUCAAUCGCGAAAACCAGAUGCUUCGCCAGCGUAUACGUGAAUUAGAACGACAUAUUAGUGAGUUGACCACCUCUGGUGCCCGACCAGAGCAGAGUGCGCCACCUGCCAGACAGGGGGCCGAAACCGCCGAUCAUCAUGCAUCUGCCGGUGUGGGGUCGGCUACUGAACCCACGAACAAGUCUUGA